GUGAUGACUUUUUGCGUUACGUCGAUCUGAGCGGACCCUGCCGACCUGUCUGUCGACAUCCCACAACAACACGACCCAACUAAUCCCGCCAGAAGCGGUUACUUAGUCGUAGCAGAAGACUUUUGCUUCUGCCCACCAACCUUUUCUCGUCUCCAGAAACCGAAUACCCCGCCAAGAUGCCUCCUAAGAAAGUGGACAAGCCGGCCAAGAAGGCCGUCAAGGUCGAGGACAAGACCUUCGGCAUGAAGAACAAGAAGGGUGGCGCGGCCCAAAAGCAGAUUGCCCAGAUGGCGUCUUCAAUGAGGAACGGUGGCAGUGCUGAAGAGAAGCGCAAACAGGCAGAGAAGGAGGCGAGAGAGCGCGAGAAGAAGGCGGCUGAGGAAGCCAAGAGGGAGACCGAAAUGCUUCUGAAUAAGCCCGCUCAGAUUCAGAAAGUCCCAUUUGGUGUCGACCCCAAGACAGUUGUAUGCAACUUUUACAAGAAGGGCAACUGUGAGAAGGGCAAGAAGUGCAAAUUCUCUCACAACCUCGAAGACGAACGCAAAACGUCGAAGAAGAACCUGUACACGGAUACCCGCAAGGAAGAGGAGGAGAAGAAGAAGGCCGAGACUUCUGCCGACUGGGACGAGGAGAAGCUUCGCUCUGUCGUUCUUUCUAAGAAGGGCAACCAGCAGACCACCACCGACAAGGUGUGCAAGUUCUUCGUCGAGGCCAUCGAGGACGGCAAAUAUGGAUGGUUCUGGAUCUGUCCAAAUGGCGGCGACAAGUGCAAAUACAAGCAUGCUCUGCCACCAGGAUUUAUCUUGAAGACCAAGGAGCAGAGAGCGGCUGAAAAGGCUCUGAUGGACAAGUCACCUCUCAAGACCCUUACCUUGGAAGACUUCCUGGAGUCAGAGCGACACAAACUUACCGGCACCCUUACACCAGUCACGCCAGAGUCAUUCGCUAAAUGGAAGAAGGAGCGACUGGACAAGAAGGCGGCUGAGGAGCAGGCCAAGAAGGCCAAGGAAGCAACUGGCCGUGCCCUGUUCGAAAGUGGCAACUGGCGCACAACCGAGGACGACGACGAGGAUGAUGACGAGGAUGAAGAUGAUGGAAUGUGGAACUUGGAGAAGCUGCGUGCCGAGACCAAUGCUCUUCGCGAGAAGAGGGAAGAGGAACGUCUGGCUGCCAUCAACGGUGGCCCUGUUCCGCCAGUGGUACCGGAACCGGUAGCUGCCGAGGCAUCCGGAUCUUGAGCUUCCUGAAAGAGGAGAAGCCUUCUUGUAUGCGCCCGAGGUUGCGAGCAUCACCACGAAACAGGCCGAUUCCGAGCACCUGGAAGACCAGGUUCAUCCGGCGGCCGUGUCAAUGCUACGCCAAGCCACGGUGGCAGAUCCGUCUACUCUCACACCUAAAAUCAAUGAAGUAUGACUACGUACGUAACGUGCACAUCAACUUCCAAAGUUGAGUACUCGUGAGACUACCAAUGGGGAUAUAUUGAGUAUCUUUGGCUACUUAGAGAGAGGUUAGAGACCGCUGGUGGUUACAUUCAAUCAUGACGUGGAUCUAUCUC